CUCAAUAUCCAUAAUGAAUCUGCAGCUGACUGGAGAGCAACAAUAACAAGAGAAGCUCCGCGAUAAAAACGUGUUAUUGUCUCGUCUCUGACACCUUUGCCAGCAUUCUGUCACCAACGCCCUUGGCGAAUUAACUCUGGCCUCCGCUUCCUCCGACUCGGAAACCGGCGGAGUGUCGCCGCCACCGCGGAAGAAAUACCGAGCUUCGGUGGUGGAGGGAGCAGGGGAGCUUGGGGCUGCAAUUGGGUCAGCGGCCCUGUCAACAGUUUUGGGGAUUUUAACUUUUCCCAAUUCACCCAUUGCUCCUGUCAUUCGAUUAAAUCCGCACAGUGUAGCCCACAUCUACAUUAAUAACAUGCAGGCCAACGGGGCAGGACAGGGUCAAGAUUCGGAGCUGUCCUGCCUAAACAACAGUGCGCAAAACGGAGAGCCGUCCUCCGCCGGGGGAGCUCACACUAACGUUAAUGGACUAUCCACAACAAACAAUGGGAACUCUGUCAGUAACAACGUCGGUAUCCCAGCCCCAGCAGCAUCCAACAACGCCGUGUCUUCGGAAGCAAACUCCGUGAAAAAGAAGAAGCGUCUCUCUCAGUCAGAGGAAGAUGUCAUUAGACUUAUAGGGCAACAUUUACACGAUUUAGGACUUAAUCAGACAGUGGACCUGUUGAUGCAGGAGUCUGGCUGCAGACUGGAGCAUUCCUCUGCCACGAAGUUCUGCAACCAUGUGGUGGAAGGAGAGUGGGACAAGGCUGAAAGUGACCUGAGUGAGCUGAAAGCAUUGAUGCAUUCUCCAAGUGCUAUUGUGCGGAUGAAGUUCCUGCUCCUGCAGCAGAAGUAUCUGGAGUAUCUGGAGGAUGCCAAGGUCCUGGAGGCGCUGCAGGUCCUGAGAGCUGAGCUCACUCCCCUCAAGUACAACGCAGAGCGUAUCCACAUCCUGAGCGGGUACCUGAUGUGCAGCCAUGCAGAAGACCUGAGAGCAAAGGCAGAGUGGGAGGGUAAAGGCACUGCCUCCCGCACUAAACUCCUGGACAAGUUACAGACGUACCUGCCUCCCUCUGUGAUGCUGCCUCCGCGCCGGCUGCAGACCCUGCUGAGGCAGGCUGUGGAGCUGCAGAGAGAGCGCUGCCUCUACCACAACACCAAGCUGGACAGUGGCCUGGACUCUGUGUCCCUCCUCCUGGACCACGCCUGCAGCCGGAAACAGUUCCCUUGUUACACCCAGCAGAUCCUCACCGAACACUGCAAUGAAGUGUGGUUCUGCAAGUUCUCCAAUGACGGCACCAAACUCGCAACGGGAUCCAAAGACACCACAGUCAUCGUGUGGCAUGUCAACACAGAGAGUCACCAGUUGAAACUGAUGAAGACUCUUGAGGGCCACGCCUACGGUGUCUCAUACCUGGCCUGGAGCCCUGAUGACACUUACUUGAUUGCCUGUGGCCCCGAUGACUGCUCAGAGCUGUGGCUGUGGAACGUACAGACGGGUGAGUUGCGGACAAAGAUGAGCCAAUCACACGAGGACAGUCUGACCAGUGUGGCCUGGAAUCCAGACGGCAAGCGCUUCGUCACCGGAGGCCAGAGGGGCCAGUUCUACCAGUGUGAUCUGGAUGGUAACCUGCUGGACUCAUGGGAAGGAGUAAGGGUUCAAUGCCUGUGGUGCCUGGGUGACGCUCGGACCGUCCUGGCAUCAGACACACACCAGCGUAUCCGUGGUUACAACUUUGAGGACCUUACGGACAGAAACAUAGUCCAGGAGGACCAUCCAAUCAUGUCUUUCACAGUUUCAAAGAACGGGAGGUUAGUUCUGCUGAAUGUGGCUACUCAGGGUGUGCACCUGUGGGACCUACAUGACCGGGUGCUGGUGAGGAAGUAUCAGGGCGUGACACAGGGCUUCUACACCAUCCACUCUUGCUUUGGAGGACACAACGAAGACUUCAUCGCCAGUGGGAGUGAGGAUCACAAAGUGUACAUCUGGCACAGGCGCAGUGAGCUGCCCAUCGCAGAGUUGACAGGUCAUACACGUACAGUGAACUGUGUGAGCUGGAAUCCUGUAGUGCCCGGUCUCCUGGCCAGCGCCUCAGACGACGGCACCGUUCGAAUCUGGGGGCCCGCCCCUUUCCUUGAUGUCCAGGACGCUGAGGGGCUAAACGAAUGUUGUAGCAUGGACAGCUGAUGGUGACCUUGGAGCAGAAGACACUACUUCUCGAAUCCAGGAGAACAACACUAGACUCUAACAAAUGAAGCAGAGAAACUAUUGCAUUUUGACAGCUGCUUUCUGGAGGUUUGACCCUGGGGCUGUGCUCCGGCGGCAGGUGAUAAUGUCACACACACACGGAGCUGUCAGACAAAUCACAGAAGUUAACUGAUUACCAAGCAGCCACCUUGACUGUGACAUCCCACCUCCUCUUACCUGUCUCCCACCUCUUACCUGUGGCUCACAGUGUCUGAUGUCUGCACCUCCUGUGUUCAGCCAGGCCCCAUCCUCUUUUGUCUCGGAGCUAACCCCAGGACUGCCACCUUUCACCUGCCUCGUUGAGAGUUUAUUAUUUAUUAUUGAUAAUAUUAUUUAUUGUCAUGAUUAGUACGUUGAUAUAUAUAUAGAGAGGGCUGUAGUGGUGGAGAGUGAUAAGGGUAUAUAUAGUGCUGUGAAACUAUCUGCUCCCUUUCUAAUAGUCUCCUUUUGCUUAUUGUUUUAUACUGAAUGCUAUCAGAUCUUCAACCAAAACUGAAUAUUAGAUCAAGGGAACCUGAGUGAAUAAAUAACACAACCGUUACAUACUUAUUUUCAUAAACAAAGUUGUGCAACACCCCUGUUUGAAAAAGUAAUUGCCCACUUACACUCAGUAGCUGGUUGUGCCACCUUGACCUAGAAUGACUCGAACCAAACGUUUCCUGUCGUUGUUAAUUAGUCUCUCAUGUCGCUGUGGAGGAAUUUUGGCCCACUCUUCCAUGUAGAACUCCUUUAACUCAGUGACAUUUGUGGGUUUUCAAGCAUGAAAUGCUAGUUUCAAAUCCUGCCACAUCUCAAUUGGGAUUAGGUCUGGACUUUGACUUGGCCAUUCCAAAACUUCAAAUGUGUUGCUUUUUAGCCAUUUUCAUGUAGGCUUGAUUGUGUGUUUUGGAUCAUGUCUUGCUGUGUGGCCCAGCUGGGUUUCCGCUUCAGCUCACGGAGGGAUAGCCUGACAAUCUCCUGUAGAAUUCUGAUACAGAGCGGAAUUCAUGGUUUGUUCUAUUAAGGCAAGUCACCCAGGUCCUGAGGCAGCAAAGCAUCCCCAAACCAUCACACUACCACCAUCAUGCUUAAGGUUUUUAUUGUGGAAUGCAGUGUUUGGUUUUCAUCAGGUGUUAUUGGACCCAUGUCUUCAUAAAAGUUAUACUUUUGAAAAGUCUGUCCAUAGAACAUUCUUCCUAGAGUCUUGAGGAUAAUCCAGGUACUUUGUUGGCAAACUUGAGUAAACCUUUUGGAUGAGAAGGGUCCCAUUAUGUCCUGCGAAUCCAAACACUGCAUUCCACAGUAAGAAACUCAUACCAACGGUCAAGCAUGGUAGUGGUAGUGUGAUGGGUUGGGGAUGCUUUGCUGCCUCAGGAUCUAGAUUACUUCCCUUAAUAGAAGGAACCAUUAA